UGGGUUUCAGAGCAUGAGGACACAGGUGGUUAUAUCCUGCACCAGUUAGUCUGUGAGUGUGUGAACUGUGUGCCAGGCUCUUGUUCCUGUCAUGGAGCUGUAACAAGAUGACAGUUGCUGUGCAUUCAUAGGAUACUUUGUGGACUACAAACCUCUGUGUGAAGGUUCAGAAAAAGUCGAAAAAGUCUGCAAAACAAAAGUGGGUUCGUGUUGGACAGGUAACCAGGGAUGGGGACGAUUCCGCAGGACAUUAAGAGGCUUUUGGACGACUGUGAGCUGUUCAUAUUCGAGAUCUUGCAAGAUGAAGACCUGACUGAAACCACCCAAGAGACACGACAGGUCUUACUGAAUAACUUCCGAGUCGUCCAUGGAAGAAAUCCUCAAGAGUUCCCCUUCCGAUUGGACUUAAUAGACGAGGAAGGUUCUGAUGACAACCGCAGCUCCAGUCUGGGUCGCUCUGCCCUGUCAGACGACGCCUCUGUAGCUUCUGACUACCAGGACGAUGGACCCCCUGAGUAUUUUGUUGACAUCGCCCCUGUCGCCGUCCAGGACCUCGGCAACAUCUUAAAGCAAGGCUACUUGGAGAAGAAACGAAGAGAUCACAGCUUCUUCGGCUCGGAGUGGCAGAAGAGAUGGUGCAUCCUGAACAACUCAAUAUUCUACUACUUUGGGAGUGAGAAAGAUAAGCAGCAGAAAGGCUCCUUUUACAUCAACGACUACAGCGUGCAGCUGGUGACCAAUCUGAGGAAAGACUCCAAAAGAAACUCCUGCUUUGAGCUCUUUGCUCCCGGGCGGCGGGCGUUCCAGUUCACCGCCAGCAGUCCUCAAGAGGCCCGGGAAUGGGUGGACCAAAUCAAUUUUGUUCUUCGAGAUCUCAGCUCCAGCUUCAUCCCCGUGGACGAUGAAGAGGACGAGGAGGAAGAGGAGACCUAUGAUGACAUCGAGGGGUUGGCCCAGGCCUCUCACCAGGGAGGAGGGCACGAAGCGGGGGAGGUCGAGGAGGAUGAGGAUAUCUACGAGGUGCUGCCAGACGAGGAUUUUCCAGAUCCAGCAGAUGAGAGCGGCGAUAAGAACAACAAAUCAGCUUGGUCAUCAGAUUACUCUAACUACUACCAGGGCUUAUGGGACUGCCCGGCGGACGAGCCGGACGAGCUGGCCUUCCAGAGAGGAGACCUCAUCUACAUCGUCAGCAAGGAGUACAACAUUCACGGCUGGUGGGUCGGUGAGCUCAAUGGCACCAUGGGCAUCGUCCCCAAAGACUUCCUGCACCCGGCCUACAUCCUGUGAGCUCCAACAGGGCUGCUGCCGACACAACCAGCGAUGACUUUCACACAAAGGCCUGUCAGAUCCUUUUUUUUUUUUUUUUACAAAGUGGAAUUACUCUUUAAAGGAUGCCAUGUAGGUUUACCACAGGAGGAAUUCUUCUUUUAAUUUAAGGAGAUUCAAAUUAAUUGAUUUUCUUCUGACAGAAAAUUAAACUGCAACCGUUUUUGUUUUUUUUCAUUCUUCUAAUGUCAUUUCUGAAUUAAGAAAAAAAAAGACUUGCAGCUUGUUUCUGUUUUCUGUAAAUAUGUAUUGAUAAUUUUUUUUACUUCAAAUAGGACAAAAUUGAGUGUUGUCAUUUGAAGAUAACAUCUUUAACAAACUGUUCAGUCGAUGAGUUUCUCCUGUUUUUAAUAUUUUAAAAAUUGGAGCACCGGGUGGCCUAGCUGUUAGGCCGCGUGCCUCGUGUACAGAGGCUUCGGUCCUCAUCACAGCGCCCGUUGGUUCCAAUCUGACCUCGGCCCUUUGCUGCAUGUCGUCCCCCCUCUCUCUCUCUCCACCCGACACUUCCUGUCUCUCUUCAGCUGUCAUAUCAAAUAAUGGCACCAAAAUAUCUUUAAAUAUUUAAAGACAAAUAUUUCCUGGAAAAUGAACCCAACAGGAUAAUCACUGGCUGCAGCAGUUUGACUAAAUGAUCAUUUUGAACAUAACCUUUGACACUUUUUUUUUUUUUUAAUGAGCAAAAUGUAAAGAUGUUUUUUUAUAACUGACAUACAUCCUAAAAUAAAAUAAAACAUUUUCUGUACAAUAUGUAUAUUUCAAACUAAACUGUAAUUGAAUGAGAGCAUAAAAAUCCUCUACACUGAA